AUGAAACUUGUGAUGCUUAAGAUAACCUAUAAGAAUGGGAGAUAUUUCAUUCCCAUUGCUAUAUUAAUCAUCUUGUUUGGUUGGUAUUUAUGUCUUUAUCAUUGUUUUAUUAUUUUUGUUCUUCUUCUUCUUCUAGGUCUCUGCAUCAAAUGUUACAACUGUAACUCAUCACCUUUCCAGAGUGGAAGAUUCUGUGUCGAACUACCAAAGAAAUCUUCAUUUGAAAUUGACUGUGAUUUAUUCCAAAAAAAUUACACACGAUGCCGUAAAGUGGUUCAAAAUGUUGAUGAUGAAGUACGAAUAAUUCGCCAAUGUGCAACAUCAGAUGGCAAAAUUGGUUGCGAAAGUCGAGUUGGAACCAAAAAUAUAAAGAUGAGAUACUGUCUCUGUGACAAAGACCGUUGUAACUCUGCACCAGUGCCAACAAGUUUUAUCUCAAGGUUCCUGUUAUAUGGAUUUGCCAGCAUGGUGGUAGUCAUCACUAGAACAAUGCAUAAUGUCUUUUGAGAAGGCUCUUCAAAGACAUCUUAAUAACACGCCAAAAUCUUACACAACUGCGGAUGGUAAUAUGAAGAAUGAUUGAAAAUAUGUUACGUCGAAAAUGGAAAGAAAAGAAGAAAAAAAAUUUUUUUUUUCAAUACGAAUAAAUGUAAAUGAGAACUGGAAUGAAAAGUGUAACCAAUUUUGCUUUUUUUUUUUAAUUAAAAAUUUUUUUGAUA